ACCACUGAUGUCAACAAUGUCGAGCUGUCAGUGGUGAGGCGCGUCGUAGCUUCAAGGGUGUGCGCGCUCUCGACACAGCAGGAAAUAUGGCGGCGCUCAUGACUCUCACCCAGUUAUCGAGUGGAAACCCAGUUUACGAAGUCUACUACAGACAGGUGGAUCUGGGAGACACUGGGACAGUAGGAGCUGCAGAUGCUGCUCAGUUCCUGAAGAAAUCAGGCCUUUCAGACAGUACCUUAGGAAAAAUCUGGGAUUUGGCCGAUCCAGAAAGGAAGGGCUUCUUGGACAAACGGGGUUUCUUUGUAGCGUUGAGGUUGGUGGCCUCAGCUCAGGGUGGCAACGACAUCAGUCUCAACAACCUCAAUCAGACUCUAGCAGCACCCAAGUUUAGAGACACAAAUACUCCGUUGCUCAGCACAUCGCUGAGUACACCUUCAUCUGAUUCCCACUGGGCUGUAAGGUCUGAUGAAAAAAGGAAGUUUGAUGGCAUCUUUGAAAGUCUUCUACCAGUCAACGGUCUUUUGUCUGGAGACCAAGUCAAACCUGUCCUGAUCAACUCCAAACUACCCAUGGAUGUGUUAGGAAGGAUUUGGGACCUCGGUGACGUGGAUAAAGAUGGACACUUGGACAGAGAGGAGUUUUCAGUGGCCAUGCACCUGGUGUACAGGGCUAUGGAGAAGGAGCCUGUCCCUUCCGUCCUGCCCUCCUCCCUCAUCCCUCCAUCCAAGAGGAAGAAGUCUGCGGGGGCUCUGCCUGGCGCCGUCUCCGUCCUGCCUCCCUUGUCUGCCCUCGCAGGCCUGUCUGGUCUGUCUCGGACAGCCAGCUCUCCUCCCCUGCCCGGCGCUGUAGCGGCUCUGCCUGGCUUGUCUGGUCUGUCUCGGACAGCAAACUCUCCUCCUCUCAAAGACACCCUACACUCCACCCCGUCUCACAGAAGCAUCACCUCCAUCAACAGCGCUGGCAGUCUCUCUCCUAAACCUUCGUUCAAAGCCCCCUCACAGUCACCUGCAGUAGUGAACUGGGUGGUCCCGGUGGCAGACAGAGGACGUUACAAUGACAUCUUCCUGAAGACAGACACAGACAUGGACGGUCUUGUCACCGGAGGGGAAGUCAUGGAGAUCUUCAUGCUGUCCAACCUUUCUAAGACCAUGCUGGCACAGAUCUGGGGUCUGGCUGACACCAAGCAGACAGGAAAGCUGUCCAGAGAGCAGUUCUCUUUGGCCAUGUGGCUGAUCCAUCAGAAAGUCAUCAACGGAUUGGACCCUCCCCAGACCCUCUCCCCCGAAAUGAUACCCCCCUCUGAGAGGACCACCACCUCUGUUCUUGACAGCAGCAGUUCUACAGAGUCAGCUGACCUGACAGGCAUCAAAGAGCUGGAUGACAUCAGUCAGGAAAUCGCCCAGCUGCAGAGAGAGAAGUAUACUCUGGAGCAGGACAUCAGGGACAAAGAGGAAGCCAUCAGACAGAAGAACAAGGAAAUUCAGGAGAUGCUAGAGGACCUGGACCAGGAGAGUGGUGGUCUGCAGGACCUGGAGGCCCAGAAGCAGGAUGCCCAGCAGCAGCUGGAGGAGAUGGACCAGCAGAGGAACAAGCUGGAGGGCAUGCUGAAAGACGUCCAUCUGAAGUGUCAGGAUCAGUCCACCCUGAUCUCAUCCUUACAGACCCAGAUCCACAGUCAGGAGUCUGACCUGCAGAGUCAGGAGACUGAGCUGAGUCGUACCAAGUCUGACCUGAACAAACUGCAGUUCGAGGAGAAGCAGCUAGAGCAGAACCUACUGACCGGACGCAUGCAGCUAGACUCGAUCAUCAAGUCACUCAAGGCCACCCAGGAUGAGAUCAACCAGGCUCGUAGUAAGCUUUCUCAGAUCCAGGACAGUCAACAGGAGGUGACUAAGACUAUAGAGCAAUACAACAACGCUCUGAACGGAACCCACAGCCAGACUCAUGCUGGCAGCAUGACCAACCUGGCAGACAUGAGCGAAGUAGGAUUCUCAGAGAGGGAGAACGGAGAAUUUGGCGCCAGGAAUCAGGAGGACUCUUUCAAAUCGAGGAUAGCCAUGUUCAGCAGCAACAAAUCAACACCAGAACCCCUUCCAGCAGCAGACCCCUUCCAGACAGAGGACCCCUUCAAAUCAGACCCCUUCAAAGAUCCAUUUGAAGCCGAUGAUCCCUUCAAAGAGAGUGAUCCAUUCAAGGGUGCUUCCUCAGACUUCUUCAAGAAAACGACCGAUGUGUUUGCCUCAGCAGAUCCCUUCAGUAGAAAACCUACUCCCCCCAUCAAGCCUGGUGGCAGUCUGUCGGGUAGCAGGAAUCUCUUAACCUCCCACAGCCCCCGGCCCAGCCCCAGCCCCAAGCCUACAGAUGGCUUCGGAACAGUGGACCCUUUCGGUGGCAACUCUUUUGGAGGAAAUAGUGGAUUCGCAGACUUCAGUCAAAUGUCUAAAAAGAAACCAGUCAACCCUGUGCUACCACCUAAGAACACACCUAACAGGCCUGCGCCUCCUUAUGGACUGGAAAGUGUCAAGUCAGGAAGUGAGUCAGAGCAGCUGGCGUGGGCGAAGAGGGAGACUCCGCCCACAGGAACAGGAGAGACUGAGGAGACUCCGCCCACAGGAACAGAAGGACCCGGACCUGGCCAUCGCCCUCAGCAAGGAUAAAAACUAAAAACCCUAUUAGACUCACGACAAUAACCACAGUCCUGUUAGACACUCACAACGACACACACCUUCUGACCACAGUCCUGUUAGACAGUCACAACGACACACACAUCCUGACCACAGUCCUGUUAGACACAACGACACACCUCCUGACCACAGUCCUGAUACAAGCUGAAUAAAACAAUGCAACUGACUGAUAUCAUGCAGUACAGCACAACAAACAGCUUCACCACGAGCAACAGUUCCUCAACAGCCCAACAGCUCAACAGCCCAACAACUACAACUUCACCCUGACAACAACUACAACUUCACCCUGACAACAGCCUCCCGCUGCAGCUCCGUGACGUUCUGACAACAGCCCCUCUAGACUGUGGCCCAAUCAUCCCCUAACCCCUGUGCCCAAAUUUGCCCCUAAACUCUGCGCCCAAAUCGGCCCCUAAACCCUGCGCCCAAAUCGGCCCCUAAACCCUGCGCCCAAAUCGGCCCCUAAACCCUACGCCCUAUGCUAAUCUGAGAGGAUUUGACAGGUGUAAGUAAUCUGGCAAUAGCUCCAGCGUGCUCUCUGAUAGGCUAGGUGGAAGUUUCACUAUAUUGCUUAUACCAAUCAAAUCCUCUCCGAUCUCUACAAGUGCAUAUGGUGUAGGGUUUAGGGGUCGAUUUUUGGAUUGGGCCUAGGACUUGAGGAUGGGAUGGCAGCCCCUCUACCGAUCCAGCUCCGCUGAAGCCAGACUUUAUCAACACUAACCUACCAAAGCCUCUCUUUUAACCUCUUUGUCAUCGUCAGCCUCAGUGGUUAAUUCCAGUUGGCUGCAUCACAACUAAAAUCAGCUUCUUUUUCUUUCUUUUUUAGCCCCGAUUUUAGUCUGACUUGACUGACUGACAGCCUAAAUCAAGAGUGACUUAACUCUGACUUGGCUAAGGUCAGGGGUCGUUCGGACUCUAGUAGACCCCGUAGUUCUUCUAUGGGGGAGACUCUGGGUGCUUAACUUUGUUUUUGCUUCAUCAUUUGUUGUGAGGAAAUAGCCAAGAUUUUAACAUUUUUAUUUAAUUUUCAUUAUUUAUAUAAGAGGAAAAAAUCAAUGCACUUGUGGUUUAUGAAGUAUCUGUAUAUGUACUAUUAUAACUGUUUAAUAUACCCUUAGAAACAUUCAUGCUAAAAGUCUGUUAUAGCUUUUAAAAGAGCUGUUACUCUUUUUCUGUCAGUAAGUGUGCUUGUGUUCAUGAUUUCUUGUUUAAGAUCUCCUUUUUCGUAAGGAAAUGUUUAGAUUAUGGAAAUACUGAUAUUCUUUGUUAUUUUCUUGUCUCGGGGGUUCUGUACUUUUAUUGCCUUCCACCCCAACAGAAGAAUGACAAAUUCAAAAACUCUCCUGCCUUAAAAGGAUAUGGGGGGGGUUGACCUUUCACCUCUCACUGUCAACAUUUAGAUUGUAUUUUUGUUGUAAUCUCUUAAUGCUAAACUCUAUAAUGCAUUCAGUGGGUUUAUUUUGACGUGUUUCAUCUGUUAUUGAUUUAUUCAACUAGGGCAUUAGAAUUACGACAUUUAUUUUAUAUUUAAUUCAUUUUCAGGAGAAAACGUAUUGUUACACUCACAAGCACCACACUCAAUAAUCACUCAGUUUGAUCCUGGCCACUACCUGGCGCAAGGAUGUGCUAUCCUAAUGCCUUGUAAUACACUGAUCAUAGGGGUUGUUUGGCACAUACAAUGUGUGUUUAUGACCUCCUAUGGUUGUCUCAAAUCACACCCCUAUUCCCUAUAGGGGGCCCCUGGUUAAAAGUAGUGCAUUAUAUAGGGAAUAGGGUGCCAUUUGGGCUACAGACACAGUGUGUGUGUAUGUAUAUUCUGGGAACUCUGUGCUGCAGCUCAUUCUCCAGUGUUGACCUGAAGGAGUAUUGUAUUGGUCACACUGGGAUGCAUUAAGGACAAUGUCCACAAUGAUGUCUGUCUUACUUAUCCACAACCACAAUGGCUCAUUUCAUGUGUAACAGUAUAUAUGAUUAUAAAUAUUCCAUCAAGGUUGAAAUAAUUGAAAUCCUGUGUAUAUCUUUGAAUAUAAAUAAACCCUCAUGUAACAUUCCA